AUGACUAACGUGGGAUAUGAUUUAGAUACGUCUGGUGGACUUAUGCCGCUCAUUCGGGCGCUUAUAAAGCCACCAGACGAAGAAGUGAAUGUUCAAAAGCCUAAGAAAUCACACCCAUAUUAUAAGCGUCCUGGAAAAGGUCACAACCACGAUUCUUGUGAUGCUUGUGGAGAGGGAGGAGACCUUAUAUGCUGUGACCGCUGUCCAGCUAGUUUCCAUCUUGGUUGCUAUGACCCACCAUUGGAUGAGACUGACAUUCCAUCAGGCUCAUGGCUGUGUAAGCAGUGCACCGCAAAUGAUGAAAAGCCUGGCAGCACCCGGUCAAGCAGACCACAAUCCCCUGUUGAUGUUAAGAAUGAAUCAGAGAAAAAAACUAGGAAUCUACGUAAUAACCGCACAAACUCGAAAAAGAGUAAAGAUGAGAGAGAAGAGGUUGAAGAAGAAAAUAAAGAACCAGAAAAAGAGCUCACUCCAAUGGAGAUAUUAGUCAAAGCUGCUCGUGUUAUGAAUCCACGUCAGUUUGAUUUACCUCCAGAAAUGAAGCAGCCAUUUCCAUUCCCUGGAACUGAUAAGGAGGGAAGCAAGAAUGGCAACGCAUCACUAAUGACAGUAGAUUCCUCUGGUUGUGUCCCUCUUCCCGCCAAGACUUGUUAUGUGUGCCAGUGGACUUGCAAGCUUGCACCAUUGCUACAGUGUGAUUAUUGCCCUGCGUUAUUUCAUUUGGAUUGCCUGGACCCACCUUUGACUGCGUUGCCAACUGGCCGAUGGAUGUGCCCUAAUCAUGUGGAAAACUUUAUUGAUUGGAAGCUGGUAUCGUCAAUAUCGGCAGUGGAACGAGCGGCUCUUUGGGACAGAUUCGGAGCCCCCGUAGACCAGCACGCCGUGAAAGUGGACUUUAUACGACGCGCGAGGCUCCAGAGACAUCGCGUGCCCAUGGGCGUCCGCGGUCGCGUAGUCGUCCCCCGCUGCGUACGCGCUCACUACAGACGCCCCCCGCCCUUGUUGCCUUCGCGGAGAGAGCAUGUGCGAUGUCGCAAAGUUCUGAAAAAUCGGAUGCCCUCGGAAUCGGAAUCCGAAGAAGACGAACCAAAUACAAAGCAUAAGAUUUGUCUCAACAACGAUUGCUCUCCCGAGGAUUGUGAAAAGCCUAAACUGAGUGGAGUCACUGAUAAAGAUGCUGUUGAGGAUCUGAAGGCUAUUGAGGGUGAUGAGGCGCCAAAAUCCGAAGACAAAUCAUCCGAUUCCGAUAUCGAUCCGGAAUAUUUGCUGCGUGUGAAACGUCGCAAGCCCCGGGAUUCGAGUCCCAGCAAAAAACGGGAAAAACUUAAACUGCGAGCCGGAACAGAUGUCGAGGAGCUGUUGGCGGCCGUUCAGAAGCAUUUGGAUAAGUUGGACGAGCGAUUGGUUAGAGUUUUGGCUUGGCAACGAUUGCAAGAGGUGGCUUUAGGCGAACGAGCCGCCGGUAGAUGGCGCUCUUCAACAGACGAACUCAGUACGAAGGCUGCGGCGGCCAUUAAACACGUGGAAAGGUCACAACUCGCUAAACACGGGUUGAGGUGUACCACAUUACCCUCGGAAUUGCUGGCCUCAGCUGACAGGGAGAGGAUCGCUUCGAUAGUUUGGGGAUCGCCGCCCGCCCUGACCUCCGCCCAGACCAAGAAUAACGCCUUGGAGGCCGCUCUUAAAAGGAUGCUGGCCUGCGUCACCAGGCUGUUCCACACCGACAAAGCGGGUGACGUCACCUUGGGUGCCUCUAUCCCGAUGCGUCUGUCAUCCCUCUCCAUCGGGAGCGACGGUUCCUGUGGGCUUCAGCUGGAGGCCAAUUGCAGACACGUGUCUGGGAGACAUGCUGUCAUAUUUCGGGAUGAGGUGUCGGGCCACUUUGAGCUGAUCAACUAUUCGGAAUGGGGUUCCGUAGUGAACGGAGUGAUGUACUCGUGUGCCACGCCCCUCUACUCCGCUGCAGAGGAUACUCGACCGGAGCAAUUGAAACACCUCGCUGACAACAAACGAACCGAGAAGAGAUUAAAAGCUGCUCUAACUGAACCGACCCACGGAGAGCAAACGUGCGCUUGCCCCAUCCGCCCCCCGGACGGCCGUGGGGCGUGGGAGGGAUCCGCGUUGGUGCCCCACGGGGCCCUACUUCAGUUCGGAUGCCAGCAAUACGUGUUCAGCAUCGCGGAGCCCAGACCCUUUCCUUACGAACAGCCGAUUGAAGAACCAGCUUUGUAA